UGUUUGGUCUAGAUUUGCAUAGCGCUCGUACGUGUAACAGCAACGAUGGAGCUUUUCACCGUUAACAGAUACGAUGAAACCAAACUUAAUAAGGAGGACGAAAAAACGCAAGAAGAACUAAUCCUGCAGAAGCUGCAGGCCCGUAAAGCAAAGAAAGCACUUUUAAGGACGACAAAAAUUACAACUGAAAGCGAAGAAACCAUUCAACAAUCAUCGGAACAGCAAGAAAACACUCAUUUAGCGCAUCCGUCCGACACAAUAAUCGAUGAGGUCAGUACUCCAAAUGUUGCUCCAAACAGACUAUUGCAAGAGGAACUGGAAAGUGACAAAAGGCAGACGGAAGAAGAUGCAAAUGAGAACGAUAAAGAACAUCCAAAUCGAUCCCAAGCAGACGAAGGAAGAAAGCAAUUGGGUGACUUUAUUGUAUUGGGUGGCGAUAAAUUGCACCGACUGAAACAAACGGACGAAGUGCUACCACCAUGGUUGUCGCAUCCCACGAUCAUUGAAAGAGAUCUUUCCUCCAAAGGACCUUCAGUAAAGAAGCAGAUCUAUCUGGAUGAAAUGAUCAAACGUAACUUGCGGCGCAUGGGCUAUAAACGACUGUUUCCAGUGCAGGAAACGGUUAUUCCCUGGAUACUGGAAGCGCAUCAGAAACCCGCACCAUUCUGGCCCCGUGAUGUAUGUAUUUCUUCGCCGACCGGUAGCGGGAAAACGCUUGCAUUUGUGGUGCCGGUUGUGCAGCUGCUGCUGCAUCGUGUUGCGCCUGCCGUCCGUGCCCUGGUAAUUCUGCCCGUUCAGGAGCUUGCCCAACAGGUGUUUAUGGUGUUUCAAAAGCUGUGCGAAGGAACACACAUUCGACCCGUUUGUCUUUCGAGAGGAACGCAGCUAGAGGGCGAACAAAAGAAGCUCGUGAAAUAUUGCAACGGAGAAUACGUAUCGAAGGUGGAUGUAGUGGUGACUACGGCCGGUCGGCUGAUAGAGCAUUUGCAUUCCACAAAAGGCUUCACUCUGCGGCACCUUCGUUUUUUGAUUGUGGAUGAAGCGGACAAGGUGAUGAACCAGAUUCAAAACGAUUGGUUGUACCAUCUGAAUAAGCAUGUCAAACAGGAAUCGGACGAAUAUUUAUUGGGUCGUACCAGUGAGUUGCUGUCCCAAACAGAGCUCUUCGAUCGGGCCCGGCAGCCCCACAAGCUUUUAUUUUCUGCCACCUUCAAGCGGGACGCAGAAAAAUUGAAAACUCUAAAGUUGUUCCAUCCAAAGUUGUUCACUGCUGUUAUGGAUCCACAGGAACGAACCAUUAUGGCGCAACAUACCGGAGCUUCGCAGUCUGAACCACGGCGCGGAAUGUUCGCCGGGCAAUACACGACACCACUGGAGCUGCAGGAGUUUGUUUGCGCGACGGAACAGCACAGCAAACCACUGACACUAUACGCACUUAUUCGUGAGAAUGGAUACCGGAAGUUUUUGGUAUUCACCAACGGAAUCAACAACUCGCACCGUCUUUCGUUCGUACUGCAGCGUCUCUUUGGAACGGAAAUGGUCAUUGAGGAAUGGUCUUCGUCGUUAAGUCCAACAACACGAAAAAGCGUACUGAAUCGGUUCAGCAUGGGCAAAGUGAAUGGGAUCAUUUGUACGGAUGCACUAGCUCGUGGUAUAGACAUUGAAAGCAUUGAGGUGGUCAUUUCGUACGACAUGCCCAAUCACGUUGAUAAGUACAUCCACCGCAUUGGAAGAACGGCACGCGCUGGUUUACGUGGAACAGCAAUUACUUUGCUGGCGGAGGACGAAAAGAAAAAGUUUAAUAUGCUACUAAAAGAAGCGAAUAAAAAAGAGCUUGAUGUAAUGGAAGUCAAUCCAUCCUUGGAAGAAGAGUAUGCUGCAAAGUAUGCCAACGCGCUUAAGGACUUACGCGAAGCGCUUGCACUGGAGACGGAAGUGAUCAAUAAAAUACGCAACGGAAUAUCCAUUAGCUACAUAACGAGAGUAAACCUACUCACCAAACUCAAGGAUCAACUCGAUAUUUCCUACUCGACGGACAUCAUCAAAUCGUUGAAAUAUCUGCCGAAAAGUUGGACAAAUGAAGCGAUCGAGAUGAAAGCUAUGGGAGGAAAGAAACGCAAACAAGAGAAUCCAAUUGAUGACGUUGAUAGUAAGCGAAUCAAAACGACCGAAGAAGUUGAACCCGUUAAACUGGUAAACGGAAAGGGCAAACCAAAUAAGAAAAAGCGUAAAUUAAUCAAUGGUGCCGCAAAUGGAUCUCCACACCGGGCACCGUCAUCUAACACAAUCGAAAAACCGAAAGGCGAUAGUAAGGACACGAAACUACAUGAGACACCUAAAGGAAAGAUUCAAAAAUCGACAACUAACGGAUCGACAACUAAACCGUCUCCGAAUGGUGAUACCGCGGCCUCCGGAAGUAAGGGAGAGCAAAAGCGAAAGCGUUUCCGCAUGAAACAGAAAUUGGUUGUUGGUGAAAAAAUUAAGAAGACCCGUUGGAGGGGCAAAGCGUUCAAAAAAAGCCCAGCUAAAAAAAGAACGUUGAAGGCGAGCAAGAAGGAAGAGUAGUAUCAAGAACUGUACUUUAUGGAACAAUAAAUGGGAGAGUAUUUCAUUACGCCAA